AUGGCUAUUGUUAAACGAGCUGGUCGUACCAAAAAACAACAAGCACCAGCAAAACAAAAUGGUGGAGGUAUCAAGAAAGCUGAAUUUGAUGUAACUAAAAAGAAAGAAGUUGGUGUUUCUGAUUUAACAUUAUUAUCAAAAAUCACAGAUGAAGCUAUUAAUGAAAAUUUAUAUAAAAGAUUUAUGAAUGAUACUAUCUAUACUUAUAUUGGACAUGUUUUAAUUUCAGUUAAUCCAUUUCGAGAUCUUGGAAUCUAUACAUUAGAAAAUUUACAUAAAUAUCAAGGUAGAAAUAGAUUAGAAGUUCCACCUCAUGUUUUUGCUAUUGCUGAAUCAAUGUAUUAUCAUUUAAAAUCAUAUGGAGAAAAUCAAUGUGUAAUUAUAUCUGGUGAAUCAGGUGCUGGUAAAACAGAAGCUGCAAAACAAAUUAUGCAAUAUAUUGCAAAUGUCUCAGUAGAUUCAACUAAUACUGAAAUUUCAAAAAUUAAAGAUAUGGUAUUAGCAACUAAUCCAUUAUUAGAAUCAUUUGGAUGUGCCAAAACUUUAAGAAAUAAUAAUUCAAGUAGACAUGGUAAAUAUCUUGAAAUUAAAUUUAGUGAAGGAAAUUAUCAACCUGUAGCAGCUCAUAUAACCAACUACCUAUUAGAGAAACAAAGAGUUGUUUCACAAAUUACAAAUGAAAGGAAUUUUCAUAUAUUUUAUCAAUUCACAAAACAUUGUCCUCCUCAAUAUCAACAAUCUUUUGGUAUACAAGGUCCAGAAACUUAUAUAUAUACAUCAGCUGCAAAAUGUAUAAAUGUAGAUGGUGUAGAUGAUAAAAAAGAUUUUAAUGACACUUUAAAUGCAAUGAAAAUUAUUGGAUUAACCCAAGAGGAACAAGAUAAUAUUUUUAAAAUGUUGGCUUCAAUUUUAUGGAUUGGUAAUAUAAGUUUUAUUGAGGAUGAGAGUGGAAAUGCAGCAAUUAGAGAUGAUAGUGUUACAAAUUUUGUUGCUUAUUUAUUAGAUGUAAAUGCUGAAAUAUUGAAAAAGGCUAUCCUUGAAAGAACAAUUGAGACUUCACAUGGUAUGAAGAGGGGAUCAACUUAUCAUACUCCUUUGAAUAUUGUCCAAGCUACAGCGGUAAGAGAUGCAUUAGCAAAGGGUAUUUAUAAUAACUUAUUCGAAUGGAUUGUUGAAAGAGUAAAUAUUUCACUUAAAGGCAAUUCUGAACAAUCAUCAAAAUCUAUCGGUAUCUUAGAUAUCUAUGGUUUCGAGAUAUUUGAACAAAAUUCAUUUGAACAAGUUUGUAUUAACUAUGUUAAUGAAAAAUUACAACAAAUAUUCAUCCAAUUAACUUUAAAAGCUGAACAAGAUGAAUAUGUUCAAGAACGAAUUAAAUGGACACCAAUUGAAUAUUUCAAUAAUAAAGUUGUUUGUGAUUUAAUUGAAGCUACAAGACCACAACCAGGUUUAUUUGCAGCUUUGAACGAUUCAAUUAAAACUGCACAUGCCGAUUCUGAUGCUGCUGAUCAAGUUUUCGCUCAAAGAUUAAGUAUGGUUGGUGCUAGUAAUCGUCAUUUUGAAGAUCGUAGGGGAAAAUUCAUUAUUAAACAUUAUGCUGGUGAUGUUACUUAUGAUGUUGCAGGAAUGACUGAUAAAAAUAAAGAUGCAAUGUUGCGUGAUUUAUUAGAAUUAUUAACUACCUCCAAAAACUCCUUCCUUAAUCUGGUUUUAUUCCCAUCUGAUUUAUUAGCAAGUUUAUUAGACUCAAGAAAAAGACCAGAAACAGCAUCUGAUAAAAUAAAAAAAUCGGCAAAUUUAUUAGUUGAUACAUUAUCGCAAAGUACUCCAUCAUAUAUACGUACUAUAAAACCAAAUCAAACUAAAAAACCAAAAGAUUAUGAUAAUCAACAAGUUUUACAUCAAAUUAAAUAUUUAGGUUUAAAAGAAAAUGUUAGAAUUAGAAGAGCAGGAUUUGCUUAUAGAUCAACUUUUCAAAGAUUUGUUCAAAGAUUUUAUUUAUUAUCUCCAGCUACUGGUUAUGCAGGUGAUUAUAUAUGGCAAGGUGAUGAUUUAACUGCAGUUAAAGAAAUUUUAAAAUCAUGUCAUAUUCCAACAAGUGAAUUUCAAUUAGGUACAACAAAAGUAUUUAUUAAAACUCCAGAAACUUUAUUUGCUCUUGAAGAUAUGAGAGAUAAAUAUUGGCAUAAUAUGGCUGCUAGAAUUCAAAGAGCUUGGAGAAGAUAUGUUAAACGUAAAGAAGAUGCUGCAAGAACAAUUCAAAAUGCAUGGAAAAUUAAAAAGCAUGGUAACCAAUUUGAACAAUUUAGAGAUUAUGGUAAUGGUUUAUUACAAGGUAGAAAAGAACGUCGUAAAAUGUCAAUGUUGGGUUCAAGAGCAUUUAUGGGUGAUUAUCUUGGAUGUAAUUAUAAUUCUGGGUAUGGUAGAUUUGUAAUGAAUCAAGUUGGAUUAAAAGAUCAAGCUAUUUUCUCAGCAAAGGGUGAAAUUUUAUUAUCUAAAUUUGGUAGAUCAUCAAAAAGGUUACCUAGGGUAUUUGUAUUGACUAAAUCAUAUUUAUACAUCAUUGGUGAAGCAUUAGUUGAGAAAAGAUUACAAAUGACUAAAGAAUUUUCAAUUCCAGUAUCUUCCAUUAACUAUUUAGGUUUAUCUAAUUUACAAGAUAAUUGGGUUGCAGUUUCAUUAACAUCACCAACUCCAACAACACCUGAUAUUUUCAUCAAUUUAGAUUUUAAAACUGAAUUAGUUGCACAAUUGAAAAAAUUAAAUAGUAGUAUUUCAAUUAAAAUUGAUCGAACUGUACAAUAUCAAAAGAAACCAGGUAAAUUCCAUACAGUUAAAUUUCAAACUAGUAAUGGUCCGGAAGUUCCUUUAAACGGAGAUUUUUAUAAAUCUGGAACUGUUAAUGUUAGACCUGGUUUACCUGGAAAUUCGCAAAAUCCAAAACGUCCAAGAGGUAAGUCUGCUAAAGUUGAUUAUACAAAUUUUAGAAGUGGUCCACCUGUUAGAAAAACUUAUAAUGCUCCUAAACCGGUUUCAAAUCCUGCUUUUCAACAACAAACUUAUGAACCAGUACAAAGACAACCAUCAAAGAGAAAAGUACCACCACCAGCUCCUCAACAUGCUCAAGAUUCAAAUUCAACAGCGGCAGCAGCAGCCAAAGCAGCUAUGACUCAUCAACCACAUCAACAAACCCGCGUACAAACUCAUCAACAACCAGUUCAUCAACAACCAGUUCAUCAUCAACCAGUUCAACAAUCUGCUCAUCAAAACAAUGUUGUUAAAAAGAAAACUGCACCACCAGCACCAGCUAAAAAGAAAGUUGCACCUCCUCCACCGCCUCCAUCAUUACAAAAACCUAAAAAACCAACAUAUAAAGCUCUUUAUGAUUAUGAUGGUUCAGUUGCUGGUAGUUCUGCAUUAUUAGUUGGUCAAACAUAUACAAUUGAUGAAGUAAAUGGUCCAUGGGGAUUAGUUGCUGGUGGGGGAUGGGUACCAAUGAAUUAUUUAGAGGAAGUUACAAAUAAUGGUUCCUCAGCUACUCCAACGCCAGUAUCAACUAUAUCAACUAAUCAAACUCAGGCAUCAACGAUUACCCCAUCUAGUUCAACAAAUACUAAUUUAGGAUCUAAUUUAGCAUCAGCAUUAAAAGAAAAGAAAUCAAAUGAUCAUUCAUUAGCUGGAUCAUUAGCUGAUGCAUUAAAGAAUAGAAGAAAUGAUAUAUCAGAUGAAGAAGAUGAUGAUGAAGAGUGGUAG